AUGUUGAGCUGUAUUCCGUCAUAUUCGAAAGAUAAUAAGAAAUCUUUUUACUUUUUAAACGAGCAAAAUAGCUUUAACCAUACUUUAAAACCGAUAUUAACAGGAUCAAGUAUUUUGGGCCUUAAAUUUAAAGAAGGAGUUAUGUUAGCAGCAGAUAAUCUUGCAAGUUAUGGUUCUUUAGCAAGAUAUGAUGAUGUUGAAAGGUUAUUUUCUUUUGGAAAAACUGUUAUUGGGAUUUCCGGUGAAAUUUCUGACUUCCAAUAUAUAAAACGUCUUCUUCAUUCUUUUUUAAUUAAAGAAAAAAAUUAUGAAGAUGGUCAUUUUCCUUGUUCAUCGCAUAUCUAUGAAUAUCUUAGUCAUGUUUUUUAUAAUAGAAGAACAAAACUUAAUCCUCUUUUGAAUAGUUGUGUUGUUGCUGGUCUGGAUCCUGAAGAUGUUUCUAUUUGUAUACCCAGAACUUUUUGCGGUCUACCUGAAUUUUUUUUGGGGUAUGUGGAUUUUCUUGGUGUAGCUUAUUCAGCACCAUGUAUUGCUACUGGAUAUGGUGCAUACAUGGCUAUUCCAUUGCUCCGAGAGGCUACAGAAGAUGGACGGUUUGCUCAACUUUCUCGAGAAGAUGCUCGCAAAGUUAUUGAUGACUGUAUGAGGGUUCUUUAUUGUAGAGAUGCACGUUCACUAAAUAAGUUUUCUGUUGCAACGGUUACUAAAGAGAGUGUUGUAUUUGAUACAAAUCAAUCUGUUGAUACUCAUUGGAAUUUUUCUGAAAAGAUUCAAGGCUAUGGUAUUUAA